GCCAGCCAGUAGAAGGGAGGUCAGCGCUCGCUCCGUGUUGAUUGCUGCUCAAGCGCUCCGCGCACGCGCACCUCGGCCACAGCGCCAACGCCGCGCCGUGACAAACUAUUUUCCCGACAAAAAUGUUGGCUUUUAUUUCGUAUUGAUAUUGCGUAAACGACAUUACGCGGACGAAUAGAUUUAUUGAUUCUAUCAUUUAGCUCUAUUUAUUUUUCGAUCGAUUAUUAAUAUAAUAAAUAUACAAAAUGGUCAGUAGCAACAAAGACGCAAACGAUCCCAAGAAAGUGCCGCCAAAGAAUCGUGAAAAGAAAAGCAAUAACUAUGUACGGGCAAACUUCUUAUCCCGAGCGUGGUUCGUGUGGAUGAUGCCGACCUUCUGGAGGGGCUACAAGCGGGACCUGUAUGACGCCGACUUGACCAAGCCCAAAGACAACCAUCUCUCCGACAAGCUGGGCGACCGCCUGGAGAAGAAAUGGCUAGAGGAGAUUGCAUUAGCCAGCAAACAUGGACGAAAACCGUCGCUCCUGCGUGCUAUGACCAAGACGUUUUGGAUGAGUUUUGCCCCUUCCGGAUUCAUGUUCCUAAUACAGGCCCUCCUGCUAAAACCUUUCCAACCCGUGGCGCUGUCGAUGCUGCUGGCAUACUGGGAACCGGGCACGGACAUGUCGUACGAGCAGGCAGUGUACUGCGCCACCGCCGUCAUCUUCAUGUCGCUGCUCAUCGCCUUCCUCAACCACCACGGCGCCUACUCCACCCAGCAGUUCGGCAUGAAAGUGCGCAUCGCCGCUUGCUCCCUCAUUUACAGAAAGGUGAUGCGCAUGAGCUCAGGCGCGCUGGCGCAGACGACGGCCGGCCAGGUGGUGAACCUGCUUUCCAACGACGUCAACCGCUUCGACUACGCGUUCAUCUACUCGCACUUCAUCUGGCUGCUGCCGCUGCAGGUUGUGCUCGUAUGCUACCUCAUCUACAUCAGGAUCGGGUACGCCGCGAUCGUCGGAGUCAUCGGAAUCGUGCUGCAAACCAUACCGGUGCAAUCUUAUAUGAGCAAAUUGGCUGCUAGGUUACGAAUGAAGACGGCACACAGAACCGAUGAGCGUGUCCGAAUUAUGGAUGAAAUUAUUAACGGCAUGCAGGUGAUAAAAAUGUACGCAUGGGAAAAACCAUUCGAGCAAGUCGUGGCGCUAGCCCGUCGCAACGAGAUCAAGUGCAUCACUCAGGCGUCGUACCUGCGCGGCGUGUACCUCAGCUUCAUGGUGUUCACGGAGCGCCUCACGCUCUACAUCACCCUACUCUCUUACUCGCUUUUCGGCUUCCAAGUCACGGCAGAUAUCGUGUUCCCUUUGGCGCAAUUCUACAACACCCUCCAAGGCACCCUAUCUAUUAUAAUGUCUAACGCGGUGUCGUUUCUGGCGGAAGCGCUGAUCUCGGUUCAGCGCCUCGAGGCGUUCAUGCUGUUUGAUGAACGCGAAGAUCUUCGUAGUGUGCCUGACGUAGAUAUAGCCAAACUUGUACAGAGCGUGGAGCGCAAGAGAAACAAUCUAAGCGAAGUGGACCUACGACCCAACACUUUCAAAAGGAUAGACGAAGAGGGAAUCUUUAAUCCAGGAUUCGUGUGCAACGAGAAGAACCUGAUGAGCGUGGUGCCGGCGGCCCCGGUGAGCCCCGACGUGGGCGUCCUGCUCCAGGACGUGUGCGCACAGUGGAUCGAGGACGGGCCUGUCACGCUGCGCGGACUUAACUUCACAGUACCUAAGGGGAAACUUUGUGCCAUCAUUGGAUCUGUCGGCUCAGGGAAGAGUUCCGUGUUGCAAUUGCUGCUGAGCGAGCUCCGGUCGACGAGCGGCCGCAUCCACCUGUCCGGGCCGCUCUCGUACGCGAGCCAGGAACCGUGGCUGUUUGUCGCCACUGUCCGACAGAACAUCCUCUUUGGACUGCCUUAUAAUUCCAAAAAAUACAAAGAAGUGGUGAGAGUAUGCGCUCUGCAAAAAGAUUUUCAACAAUUCCCUCAUGGAGACCAAACAUUGGUCGGCGAAAGAGGCGCUUCACUUUCUGGUGGACAGCGGGCGCGCAUUAACCUAGCAAGAGCAGUUUAUAGACAGGCGGACAUCUACCUGCUGGACGACCCGCUGUCGGCGGUGGACGCGCACGUGGGCCGGCAGCUAUUCGACGAGUGCAUCUGCGGCUACCUGCGCCACGCCACGCGCGUGCUCGUCACGCACCAACUCCACUACCUCAAGGAUGCCGAUUACAUCAUUAUUAUGAGCAAUGGCGCUGUAGAAGCAAAGGGAACUUACGCGGAGCUUAUAAAUUACGGAAAAGACUUCGCUAAACUUUUGAGUGCUACUCAAGAAGACGGUGAAAAAGUUGAAGAGAAGCCGAAACCGAUGUCAAGACGAACAUCAGCCAGAUUGUCGACAGCGCGCCGUCCAUCAUUGGCGGAGUCGACCGGGGGCGAAGUGCCGGCUCAGGAGAUGGAGGAGGAGGAGCGCGAGUCGGGCUCGAUGGGCUGGCACGUGUACGGCGCCUACCUGCGCGCCGGCGGCCGGGCGCCGCGCAUACUGUUCAUGCUGGUGCUGCUGAUCGUCGGCCAACUCGCGGCCACACUCUGCGACUACUGGGUCACCUUCUGGACUAAUGAAGUUACAUUAAAAAAAGAAAGGCAAUCCAACAGCACUAUUAAGGAAUACGAUCGCAAUUUGGAAGCGCCGGCUAACACAUCGUUCUCUUUAACCAGCUACUUUUCUGGCAUUGAGCUACAGUCAGAUUUAGACAUCCACGCGUACAUCGGGCCGCUGGACACUGCACAGUACUUGUACGUUUAUUCGGCUUUAAUCGUGUGCUGCAUCUUCUUCAUCACGGCGCGCGCCUUCAUGUUCUUCAAGGUGUGCAUGACUGCCUCGCGCAACCUGCACAAUGACAUGUUCCACUCCAUGCUGCGUGGCGUUAUGCGCUUCUUCGAUACCAACUCAUCAGGUCGCAUUUUGAACAGAUUUUCGAAAGACAUCGGUUCCUUAGAUGAACUGCUGCCUCGGUUUCUAUUGGAAUGUAUUCAGAUCUACUUGGUGAUGUUCAGUAUCCUGGCUCUGAAUGCGGCGGCGCUCGUUUGGACUCUACUACCAACUACAAUUAUUUUGCUCCUGUUUUACGUUAUUCUACAGAUAUAUCUGAAAUCUGCGCAGUCCAUUAAACGUCUAGAAGGAACUACGCGCAGUCCCGUGUUUUCGCAUAUGGCUGCCACAUUGAACGGCAUCAGCACUAUACGUUCAGCAGGAGCACAGGAACGGCUAAUAAAAGAAUUCGAUCGGUUCCAGGACAUUCACACUUCGACGUGGACCAGCUACCUGGCUAGUGGAGUCACUCUUGGUUUUUGGCUCGAUUUCAUUUGCGUAAUAUAUUUAGCAAUCGUCAUCAUCGCUUUCCUUGUUAUUGAUAGCAAAACCAUAUUCUCCGGCAACGUGGGUUUGGCCAUAUCGCAGACACUGAUUCUAACCGGAAUGCUGCAGUUCGGUGUGCGUCAGACGGCCGAAGUUAUUUCGCAAAUGACGAGCGUUGAGAGAAUAUUGCAAUACACGCACAUAGAACGCGAGGCACUCUGGGAAAAAGGCGCGAAGGCAACUCCAAAGGGUUGGCCGUGGCGAGGCCGAGUCGAGUUCCGCAAUGUCUUCAUGAAGUACAACAAUGAAGAACUGCCAAUCCUUAAAAACCUCAACGUAGUAAUAGAAAAUGGAUGGAAGGUCGGAGUUGUGGGGCGCACGGGGGCUGGCAAGUCCUCGCUCAUCAGCUCGCUCUUCAGACUCGCCAUCGUGGAGGGCGAGGUGCUUAUCGACGACGUGGACACGGCUCACUUGGCUUUACAGGAUUUACGAUCCAAGAUCUCCAUCAUACCUCAAGAACCAGUCCUCUUUUCUGCGACAGUCAGAUACAAUCUAGAUCCGUUCAACAGUUAUGAUGAUGAGGAGCUAUGGCGGGCACUUGAAGCAGUUGAUUUGAAGUCAGCUGUACACUCAUUGGACUUCAAAGUGUCAGAGGGCGGGUCGAAUUUCUCGCUCGGACAGAGACAGCUGGUGUGCCUCGCUCGGGCCAUUCUGCGAGGCAACCGCAUCUUGGUGCUCGAUGAGGCCACCGCUAAUGUUGAUCCUAAGACGGACGAGUUUAUUCAGGGAACCAUUCGCAAGCGUUUCGCUGAGUGCACCGUGCUGACGGUGGCGCAUCGACUCAACACGAUCAUGGACUCGGACCGCGUCAUGGUGAUGGACGCGGGCCGCCUGGUGGAGUUCGACCACCCUUACAAACUCCUCAGCAAUCCCGAGGGCCACUUCACUAAAAUGGUCAAAGAAACCAGUGACAAAAUGUCAGAACAACUAUUCCAGAUUGCGAAGACCACAUUCCUCAACAAUGGAGGAGUUAUAGAAUAAUAAGCGUGCCAGGUGUCAUAAGUUGUUAAGUUUUUAAUUAUUUUUUAGAGUAUCUACGUAAUUUUUGAACUAAGUGAUAGAAAGUUAAGAUGUGGCAUAAAUAAGUAUUAGGAUCAGAUGUACCAAGAGUUAU